UUCAAUAAACACAUGUUUAUAUAAAUAAUUAAAAAUCAAAUCUUCAACGCCGUUGGUAUAUUCUCCUGUAACAAAAGAAAUUUUAGUAUUUUCAAAUUUGUUACUUCUUCUGUUACCCAUAUCGUCGAGCACCUGAUAGGCGUUUGUUGUUUUCGUGUUCGAUUCCACUGACAGUGCAAGCUUUUUCAGAUUCCGAUUAACGAACGAUGAAUAGUUCAUCCCCGGCUCAUUCAUCGAUUUCCACCACGGCGGUCGUCGGCGGCGGCGUCGGAGGUAUUAGCAACGCCACCGCUUCUGUUGAUGAUUUUCAUUUUCCUUAUGAUCAUAUCUCAACGGAAGAGCGAAAAGAUGAGGCCAUGCUAGUGCUUAAAUCGGAUCUUAUGGCUGCACUUGACAAGGAGGUUAAAUCCUUGGAUGAAGAUAACUGGAAGUUUGAAGGACCUCGUUCUCGAAUCCACCGUGCAUCACAUCGAGGUGGUCAUCUCCAUAGGCCCUCAGAAAUUUCAAAUAAUUGGAGUUUAAACCCACCGAAAUAGUUAAACUCUGUCACGUCAAAGCACCAUGCCUCUGUUUAAUUAUCAAGUGAUUAUGGUUAUAUUCUACAGAUAAGAGUUAUCAGGCUGCAUUGAUAAGCAUUGCGGUUGUGCUACGACUUUUGGUGAUAUAUAGUUCUUGAAGAACAUGAUGAACUGAAGAUUGUUUCUGUAGAGAAGUUGGUGUCCUUUAUUGUUUGUAGAGAAGUUGGUGUCCUUUUGCAGUAUCGUUGCUUCAGUUUUGAGAGAUCAGUGAUUAAUUGCACUUGAUUGUUUCAAAAUUUAUGUAUUUUAAUGUAGUGAGAAUCAUUAAAAAGCCGAGAUAAGUUAGAGUAUUGGUUUGUAUUUUUAUGUUUAAUCUGUCUAUUCUUUGACAGGAUAUUAACCUGUUUUAUGAACAUUUGAGUACUGCUUGAUAUAUUAAUUUAAUAUGAAUGAGUUAAAUAUAAAGGGAAAUGACUUCAAAGACAUUCCAACAUCACAACACUUAUUGACCCAACAUAACCAGCAAAUUCAUCAUCAUUUUCACCACCUCAUUUUUCAAGAUCAAAUCUUUCUGAACCCAUGUAAGCACAUGUAGCUGCAUUCAUCUCAUCUGAUUCAAACCUGCCUGUCACUACAUGACUAACUCCAAAAUCUGCAAUUUUCGCCUUCCCUUUUUCAUUCACAAGCAUGUUUCAAGGUUUGAUAUCACUAUGAACAAUGUUCAUACCAUGCAAAUAGUUUAGCCCUUCCAAAACACUCUUAGCCAAGACACUUAUAACCUUCUCAGGAAGCCUAUGAUGCUGGGGCAACAUUUCCUACA